AUGGGCUGCAUCUGCGCUGCCGACCGGGGUGAAAAGUCUUCGCUCCUUCUCCAAAACCUCACCUACCUCAAGUCGAGUUCACGCCGGUGCGCCAGUACAUACUACGAGCACGGCAUGCGCUACCAUCGGCUUCCACUUCACAUUCGAAACCACGAAGUCAUCCAAGACAGCUGGCGCAACUACUGCAGCACCGCCUUCACCGUCUCUGCCAACCGCGAAUUGCCAGACCUCGUUCAAGUCCUCGCAAUGUUGGAGAUCAAGUUCCAAGCAGCGCAUUCAGCCCUGUUCAAGGGCGAGGUGAAUGCUGCUGAACGCCACCUCUUCGUCGCGCAGAAGCUGGUCCUAGAAGCUCACCACCGGGUGAGCACGUUGCAGUGGGCGAUGGUGCAGUAUGAGCGGCUUGUGAAGUUGGUUGGCGAUGUGGAUGUUGCUGUGGGUCAAGGCCAAGAAGUCCAUGAAGGAGGCGUGGAUGAGGGUCUUGCCAGAGUGGUGCGGCUGAUGGCCGAGAUCUGGAGCUUGAAGAUGGGCUCAACAAGGAUCGAGAAAGGCGUGUAUUUGAAAGGCAUCGUCCUGAAUACUGGAUAUAUGCAAAACAAGAAGAGUCAUUUCGUGACGAUGGUGUUUACUCCAUUUCUGAUUACUUUUUCUCUCUUAUCGCUUCGCUGUGGCGAUCCAGGGGCUCACGUGCUGCGGAGGGACUCGAUUACGUGGACCGUUGCUACUGACCUUGUGUCUGGCAUAGCAGUCGAAUGA